GCUCCGCUGCACCCUUGGGGACUUCUUGUAAACCUCGGUCAGAUAUUUGAUGUACUUGUGCUCCGGUUUCAUCUUUUUCUUCAGGCCUGGGUCCCACCUCGGCCCCCCGUGCUCUGACAGGGCUUUGAGCAGCGGGGAGAAGAUGCUGCCGUACGGAUACGUGUAGUCGCCCAGUUUGUGCAGCGCGUUGGAGGUGGCCGGAGACGAUCUGACCAGCGGGCAGCCAUAGGUGACCAGCAGCAGUAAGAGAGCAGUGCGCAAGUAACGAAGGGCGGCUGACAUCGGCAUUUGUUUUUCCAUUAUAAACAACGAAACCAGUCAAAACUUUUCUCUCCGCUGAGAGCUCGAGGGCAACAAGACCACGCACGUGCCGCCGCUGAUCAACACGCGCAGGUGUUGGCAAUCAACUCCAUCACUCGUAUUACUAUUUCAGCACCGAGGGGGUGUUGCCUCCGAGUGGCCAUAUUGAAAGGAGUGCGAGCGUGUCCGUUUGUGAUGUGGAGAGCAGGUCUGGCUGAAGACAUACAAUUCCUGCACUGCAGCCACUUCUGACGAUGGCGGCCGGUGAGAUAGAUGUUUUCGCAAAUGAAGAAAAACGAAGCCUGGAGCUCGGAGGGCAUGUGGGGUUUGACAGUCUUCCAGAUCAGCUGGUCAGCAAAUCAGUUGCUCAGGGGUUCAGCUUCAACAUCCUCUGUGUAGGCGAGACAGGGAUAGGCAAGUCAACACUGAUGAACACUCUUUUCAAUACAACGUUCGAAAAUGAGGAAGCCAGCCACUACGAGACUGAGGUACAUCUACGCCCCGAAACGUAUGAUCUGCAGGAGAGCAAUGUCAACCUCAAGCUGACCAUUGUGCACACUGUAGGGUUUGGAGACCAGAUCAACAAAGAAGAAAGCUAUAAACCAAUUCUUGAGUAUAUUGACGCCCAGUUUGAAAAGUACCUUGAGGAAGAGCUUAAAAUAAAACGUUCCCUGUUCAACUACCACGACUCAAGAAUCCACAUCUGCCUGUAUUUCAUUGCUCCAACUGGACACUCCCUGAAGUCCCUGGAUCUCGUCACGAUGAAGAAGCUGGACAGCAAGGUUAACAUCAUCCCUGUCAUUGCAAAGGCAGACACAGUAUCCAAGAGUGAAUUGGACAAAUUAAAGAUCAAGAUUAUGAGUGAGCUGGUCAGCAAUGGAGUGCAGAUUUAUCAGUUCCCCACAGAGGAUGAGGCUGUUGCAGAGAUCAAUUCCUCCAUGAAUACGCAUCUUCCCUUUGCUGUGGUUGGAAGCGUAGAAGACAUUAAAGUAGGAAAUAAGAUGGUGAAGGCAAGACUGUACCCCUGGGGAUCAGUACAGGUGGAAAAUGAAAACCACUGUGAUUUUGUCAAGCUGAGGGAGAUGCUAGUGCGUGUGAACAUGGAGGAUCUCCGGGAGCAAACACACGCUCGACACUAUGAACUCUACCGUCGCUGCAAGCUGGAAGAGAUGGGCUUCAAGGACACAGACCCGGACAGCCAGUCGUUCAGCCUUCAGGAGACAUACGAAGCCAAGAGGAAGGAGUUCCUUGUGGAGCUGCAGCGCAAAGAGGAAGAAAUGAGGCAGAUGUUUGUCAACAAAGUGAAGGAGACAGAAGCAGAGCUGAAAGAAAAGGAAAAAGAGCUUCAUGAGAGGUUUGAGCAGCUCAAACGGAUGCACCAGGAUGAAAAGAAGAAUCUGGAGGAGAAAAGGCGAGAACUGGAGGAGGAGAUGAAUGCCUUCAAUAGAAGAAAGGUUGCAGCUGAGACACUGAUGGGACAGGCACUCCAAGGCUGCUCACAACAGCCGUUCAAGAAGGACAAGGAUAAGAAGAAUUGAUUUAUGGAUCAAACAUCCAGGGAAACCAGGAAUGUGUCUGCCAUCAGCAUGGGAAAACAGACUGUCAUAUCUGACAUAACUUACUGACACUGUAUGUGUGUGGACUCAAUGACACAGUGACUAUGCACAUAUGUGAGCCUGAAUAAUGGGAUGGCUAUAAGCCACUGUGUACUUAUGAAUCAUAAAGGUAGCUUAGCUCAGUGUAUUUAAUUUGUUGCUAAUGCUGACUCUGCUAGACACAUAAUAACAAAUCCGUGGACUGUUUUCAUAAGAUGUAGCUUGUGUUUUUUCAUGUUCUUUCCAUGAAUGUGUGUUCAUCUCCUGUUGUAAAUUGAAGUCUCUGUUUCUCAGUGGGACACUGACAGUACUUAUUAGAAACAGGAAAUUAUCAGUUACUGAUUGAAGUUGAACAGUAUGCAGUAGGGUUUUCUUAAAAUAUAGAGUUUGUUAUGUAUAUAAAAAUAUUGGCAGUUGUUUUUUUGUUAAUUGUUGGUAGUUUGAGGUAACAUAGUAUAAUUGUCUAACCCUCAUUCUAUGCAAACUUAUAAAAACAAUUAUUGAAUUUAUUUAUAGUUAGUCUAGAAAUUAGCCAAUAGUUUGACUCCAUUCAAAUAAAGAAUGAUGAUGAAAACCAAAUAAAGCAUCAAUUCAUCUGUUGGUCAGCAAAACCCUAACCCCUUAAAUUUUCUCAGUUCUCUGGAACUUCCCAUCACAUCCCUCGUGUAUGAUUCAAACCAUUUCAUAUUGCCCCUGUCGUCAUCAUUACCCAACCAAACAUGGUUUAAUGAUUCUUUUGUUUAUUAACAGUGUUAAUGGUGUUUCUGUAAAAGCAUUAUCCAUUUAUUUCAAGUUUCAGUUCUGCUUUUGCCUUCAGUCAGUGGCAACAAACAUGCUUAUUAAGCUUUGUGAUCAUUUGCACUAAGUUUUUGUAGUACAUAUCUCGUUGAAGCUUGUCUUACGACAUUAAUGAAUCUGUAGAGUUGCUUGUUCAGAUAAAUGACAUGGU